GCUCCACCGGCAGUUCGUAUCUGACUAUCGUACGUGUUGCGUCUUGACGCUCUUUAAGCUGAUUUUGGCAAAUAUUCAUUUCGAUGAAUAUAUGUAUUCUUGAAAAUAUACGAGACGUAUAUACACAAGUGUUGACGCUUCGACAUGCUUUUAAUAAAUAUUCGCUGUAUUAUCGUAGAGUAAACUGUAAAAUCGAAUCGCGCUGUUUGUUGUAUCGAUAAGCGAUAUAUCGUAACUGUUCGAAAUCGACGUUCAAUCGUGAAAGUUCGUGUGUGCACUAUCCAUAUUGUCAUUACUCGAAAUAUGGCAUAAAAUUUGUGGCUUAUAUCCAUGGAAUGCAUAGUUUACGUAUAUUUUUUCCGUUCUAAGAGACAUUUGGGACAGUGUGUCAAGGCUAGAGAUUCCACGAAGUAACAUAGUGCCUUGGGUCUCGUUUUAUUACGUUUCACACGAUGUAAUGAAACGUCGGAGCGGGGAGAAAGAUCAGCGUAUGCAUCUGAAACGCGUUUUGAUCUGAUGGUAACUAGUCUGCUCGUCGAUCGAUGCUCUCUUGUGAUCCGUAUGUCUUCGUGUACGGAUUUCCUGCUGUGCCGCGAUCUAGAACACGGUGUCAAGGUCAAGCGAAUCCGACGAAGAAUUCGCGUGCAUGUCAAAUAUUCGUAAGCAGAAACCGAGAGGCAAUCGUUCCGAUACGUGACAUCUCGGUUCACGAAGAUCAGUGUAUCGUGGAAUUGUCAAACGCGUAAGCGUGUUAAAUCAAGCGGGAAAAAUCAUUACCACGGUCGUUACGUCACGACAGUUUGAAGCUAGUGCGUUCCAGACGAAAAAAUGUGAUUUUCCCGUGACUUAUCUUGAAAAAACAGUGUGUUUUUGCAAUUUUUUUUUCGUCAAUGCAAGUUUUGACAUUGCAUCGCCAUUACGUUGAGUGUAUACACGUUCAUACACGAAAGAAAGAAUAACAGAGAUUUGGCGGGAUAACAAACUAAUCGUAGGUUCAACAGAAAAAAGCGUAACCAUCGAUAAAACAGUUUCUCUUUUUUUUUUUUUUUCGUAUUUUUUUCUGUGUAAGUGCCUCUUCAUCGUUUCAUCGAAAUUUCGAUAUAUUGUCGAAUGUUUGUUCGUCGUCCAACACAGAUAGAGAGGUUUUUAUCUGUACGCGAAGAAACAAGCACGAGCGAUCGUGCGAGUAAGAUUAACCGGCGACCUGGCUAAUUUUAAUUCGCGCAACAAACAAGCCGCGAAGUUGUCGCGCGAUAACAGUGGUACAUCACAGUUGUAACGUUGAACGUCGCUGUUUGCGCGUUCUCCAAUAUGGCGAACGACGCUGAAGAAGAGUUUAGUGUUUUAAAAGUUUCUUCUUGAAUAACACGUUCGUUUGAAGUAUCAACAAUUUUUUCGUUAACAGGUGUGCGAUUAAUAUAGAAGUGUACAGAGUCUAUGGAGUGAAAAAACCAAAGUGUCAAAAGAUAAUUUUCAAAUUAAACAAUCGAUACUCGUUUCUUGUACAAUGAUACGCAAGGAUAAUCUACCGAAUUACAGUUUGCACUUUGAUCAUAUAUACAAAAAAUUUAGAGAUUCGUGUACUUGAAUCGAUUCGCGCAUCGUUCGACAAAAUUGAUUGGUACGCGGUAUCGUUCGAAAAGUGUUAACUAUGUGGAGCAAAUCACAGGAGCAAGUAUACUUGCAUUCUCAACAACAACAACAACAACAAACGCUUCACCCGGGGAUCAUCGGCACGACCGAUAUGAUGCAACAUCAUCAUUCAUCCGCCACCAUGGAUUUGUCGAUUCCAAGCAAUCCAAGGGCGUCGCGGAACAUGGCGGAGAAACAACGCCGAGACAAUCUCAAUACGAACAUCUCGGCGAUGGCCGCGCUUGUGCCAACCGUCGCCGAAAGCCCGAGGAAGAUGGACAAGAUAUCUAUCCUGAGAUUAGCUGCUAAUUUCCUCAGAAUACACUACACCGUUGGACAUGGCGUAUCCGAGUUUCUACCUCGAGAGCUCGGUGAUCUGGAUUUGGAACAAUACAUAAGCGAUAAUUUGAUCAAAAACGGGAGCUUCUUUAUUGUUAUCACGACCACCGGGAAAAUAGUAUACGUCAGUCGGCAAGUUCAAGAGCAUCUUGGUCACACUCAGGCGGACCUACUUGGCCAUUCUCUUUACGCAUUCAUUCAUCCCAAAGAUGAAGAGGAGCUUGCGAAGAACCUCAAUCUGGAUGAAAUGCAAGGUGUGGUAUCCUCGUCAUUGCCACAGAUCACCGACGGAUCGAACGACAAUUCCAAUUCAUCGGAGGAUUCAACAUCUUCGAAGAACGGGAGAACGUUCCAGAAUCAGAGGCGGACUUUCGAACUUCGAAUGUUACAUCGUACUUCAUCGAGGCGGGAGCAUACGCAGUACGAAUGGUUCGAGUUCUCUGGAAUGCUCAGGCUUGCGGAUGCUUGCAAAAAUCCCGCGUCAAAUGUUAAUCGAUCGAGACAUCGAGAAAUUACUUCAACCAGUAAUGACAUCGUUUUCGUGGGUAUAGCACAAUUAUUGAUGAAGCAGCCACUCACGAAAAUUUCAAUAAUAGAUGCUAAUAAGAACGAGUAUAUCACUCGACAUUUGGUAGAUGGCAGGAUCAUUUAUUGUGAUCACAGGGUGUCAGUUGUGGCUGGAUAUUUAUCGGAAGAAGUAUCGGGUAUGAGUGCUUUUGGUUUCAUGCAUAAAGAUGAUCGUAUUUGGGCGAUGGUUGCACUUCGUCAAAUGUACGAUCGCGCGGAAACUUGUGGAUCAUCUUGUUAUAGAUUAACAUCAAAAACAGGAGAACCCAUUUAUCUACGCACUCAUGGAUAUUUAGAAGUAGAUAAGGAUACACAAAUUGCAGUAUCCCUUGUGUGCAUAAAUACAUUAGUAUCGGAAGAGGAAGGAAUACAACUUAUGCAACAGAUGAAAAAAAGAUUCUCGGCUACAAUUUCUGAAACCAUGAGAGCUAUAAUCCAAAAUGGAGAUGAUGCAUCGAUUGAUUUGGGCUCAGAUUCUCAAAAUCCAAAUUCGAAAAGUAAUAUGGAGGAUCCUGCACAAUUAGAGGAUGCCAUCACAUAUCUAGUUAGUGAUCUAUCAUCACCUCUUCCAGAAGAUUGUCUAUCACCUCCUACACAAAAUGAACAGUAUGCGAAAGCUGCUAUGAUAUCACAACAUUUACCUCCUGCUGAAGCCCAAGCUCGAAGACUUGGAAUUAAGAAAAUCGAUCGUUAUUUAAUGGUGCAAGCCAAGGCAAAUCAUAAUCAGAAAUCAGAAUCAAAGACAAAUAAUAAUAAGAAUAACUUUAACGAGAAACAAGAAAACACGAGAUCGUCAAGAAAAACUGUACAUGAAGUUACAAAACAAACACGUAAUAGUACACAAGAUGAACAGAAUUCAUCACGAACUAAUAGUAUGUCUAAUGUAGAGUCAUGCGUAAAUACCCAACGAAAAUCUGGAAUAUCUCAACUUGAGCUUCAUCAAAAUGUGGAUAUUUUGAAUCCUAAUACUGCAGUUAAGAAACCUGUUGCAACAAUAGGAAAUAAUCCAUGUAACAUUAAAGUUGAACAUAACAUGGAUGUUUAUACGCCCGAGACUGAAUACUUUGAAAAGAAUCCAAUUGAUAAUAGUUCUGAUUUGAAGAAUCAUCCUCCAUUGAAGAGGAUAUACAGUGACGAAAAUAUUAAGACAGGUUGCAUUAAAAAAAGACAGUGUAAUAAUGUUCCUUAUGUGUCAUCGGAUACAAGCGAUGAACAGAAUAUGUCUUACAUUGAUUGUAAGCCUUUCGUUGAUGAAGAAUUUUCAACGGAUUUCAACAAUAUAAAUCCUCAAUCACUAAAGAUUGCUGAAUCACCAAAUUCAAGUCUAAGUGAAGUCAUAACUGAUUAUCAGCAAGUGGAUUCUAGUAUACCACUUAUAGCUCCAAAUCCUGAAUUGGAACCGGAAUAUGGCGAUCUUCAGGACAGUUCAUUGCUGAGCCUAGACCUGGAAUCAAAUCCAGGUACCGAACUCAGUACAGUAACCCUGCAUCUACAAACGAAAUCUGUUAAAGAUAUUUGAUGACCUAAGGCAUAUUCCAAUACCAAUUCUUGAAAAUACUUUUAAUGAAACAGAAGUACAAUUAACAGACAAUAUGGUAAUCAAUAAAGAAAUAAGGAAAAAACAUCUUCAACUUAUGAAUAAUAUAGCACGCCAAGAAUCCCAGUUGAAUGUUUUGGCACGAGACUUAAAAAAUCCAGCUUUACAAGCGAAAA